CAUCAUUCUCAGCCGUGCGGAGAGCAGGUGGUGUUGCGAGUGGGGAGAUCGGACGGACAGGCGAGCUGGGCAUCGGGACCGCUGGGCUCGGAGGCGGCGACUCCGACCUGACCUGACCCGGACCCUUAGUCAGUCCUCAUCCCGGCGGGAGUACGCGCCUGCUCGGGGCUCCCCACGCGGCGGCGCCGUCUGUUUACGUUCACAGAUUUCCAGGGGAGCCUACCAACGUGUCCAGCAUGGCCUCUGAAGACAUUGCCAAGUUGGCAGAGACACUAGCCAAAACCCAGGUGGCUGGGGGACAGCUGAGUUUCAAGGGCAAGAGCCUCAAGCUCAACACUGCAGAAGACGCCAAGGAUGUGAUUAAAGAGAUUGAAGACUUUGAUGGCUUGGAGGCCCUGCGCCUGGAGGGCAACACGGUGGGUGUGGAAGCGGCCAGGGUCAUCGCCAAAGCCUUGGAGAAGAAGUCGGAGUUGAAGCGAUGCCACUGGAGCGACAUGUUCACGGGGCGGCUGCGGUCUGAGAUCCCGCCAGCCCUGAUCUCACUAGGGGAGGGACUCAUCACAGCCGGAGCCCAGCUGGUGGAGCUGGACCUCAGUGACAAUGCUUUUGGGCCCGACGGCGUGCGAGGCUUCGAGGCCCUGCUGAAGAGUUCCGCCUGCUUCACGCUGCAUGAGCUCAAGCUCAACAACUGUGGCAUGGGCAUCGGGGGCGGCAAGAUCCUGGCGGCUGCUCUCACUGAAUGUCACCGAAAGUCCAGUGCUCAGGGCAAGCCGCUGGCCCUGAAGGUCUUUGUGGCUGGCAGAAACCGCCUGGAGAACGACGGAGCCACUGCCUUGGCCGACGCUUUCGGGAUCAUCGGGACUCUGGAGGAGGUCCACAUGCCACAGAAUGGGAUCAAUCACCCCGGCAUCACUGCCCUGGCCCAGGCUUUUGCCAUCAACCCUUUGCUGCGGGUCAUCAACCUGAAUGACAACACCUUCACUGAGAAGGGCGCGGUGGCCAUGGCCAAGACCCUGAAGACCUUGCGGCAGGUGGAGGUGAUCAACUUCGGGGACUGCCUGGUGCGCUCCAAGGGCGCUGUGGCCAUUGCAGAUGCCGUCCGCGGGGGCCUGCCCAAGCUGAAGGAGCUGAACUUGUCGUUCUGUGAAAUCAAGAGAGAUGCUGCCCUGGCCGUGGCUGAGGCCGUGGCAGACAAGGCCGAGCUGGAGAAACUGGACCUCAAUGGCAACGCCCUGGGGGAAGAAGGCUGUGAGCAGCUCCAGGAGGUGCUAGACGGCUUCAACAUGGCCAAGGUGCUGGCGUCCCUCAGUGACGAUGAGGGUGAGGAUGACGACGAGGAGGACGAGGAGGAGGAAGGAGAAGAUGAGGAAGAAGAGGAGGAGGAAGAUGAGGAGGAGGAGGAAGAAGAAGAAGAGGAAGAAGAAGAGCCACAGCAGGAAGGGCAGGGAGAGGAGCCAGCCACACCAUCAAGGAAGAUUCUGGACCCUAACAGUGGGGAGCCAGCUCCCGGGCUGUCCUCCCUGCCUCCCGCGGACAUCGCCACCUUCCUGGCUUUCCCGUCUCCGGAGAAGCUGCUGCGCCUGGGGCCCAAGAGUUCCGUGCUGAUCGCCCAGCAGACUGACACAUCUGACCCAGAGAAGGUGGUCUCCGCCUUCCUGAAGGUGUCCUCUGUAUUCAAGGACGAAGCCGCAGUGAGGACGGCAGUACACGAUGCAGCAGACGCCUUGAUGAAGAAGGCCUUCAGCUCAUCCUCCUUCAACUCCAACGCCUUCCUCACCAGGCUCCUCAUCCACAUGGGUCUGCUCAAGAGUGAAGACAAGGUCAAGGCCAUUGCCAACCUGUACGGCCCCCUGAUGACGCUGAACCAUGUGGUGCAGCAGGACUACUUCCCCAAGGCCCUCGCCCCGCUGCUGCUGGCGUUCGUGACCAAGCCCAACGGCGCCCUGGAGUCCUGCUCCUUCGCCCGCCACAGUCUGCUGCAGACGCUGCACAAGGUCUAGACCUGCGCACGAAGCGGCGCCUCCCCGACCCUCAGCCUGGACCAGUGAUUUGGGAAGGGACUCGGAGGAAGGACUCUGGCCAGAGGCAUGGAGGGUCUUUGUCACAUGUGUCAUGCUGGUCCCCCGAGUAUGUGUGUCGGUGUGGUGUGCGUGCCGGUGUGUGCUUCCUGUCAGGUCUGGGUUAGGUAACGUCUCCCUGCUGGGCCAGCCCGGGUUCUCUGGCGGGGAGGCGGCCCCAGGCGAAAGGGCUGCGGGCUGUGAGCCGCUCUGCCAUUAAAUUCACGGCCAUCUGAGGGCGCCGUGCUGAUCUGGACCUCAGGCGCUGGCAUGGCUGUUCCCACCCUCUUUGCCUUCCUUGGCUUCCUAGGUCACAUCAAAGCCUGGGGCGCUGCUGUCCAUUGGCUGUCGUUCCCCCUCCCCCAACUUCCCCUUGUGGUUGGGCUGCAUCCCAACCUGCUUCUGCUUCCUGUGACCGAGCCCUGGUCCUGCAGCCACCACAGUCCCCACCGUGGACCCCUGCUGUGCUGAGCCCUCAGCAUGAGAGGCAGAGACCGCCGCUGCAGGGCCAUGGGCGUCCGCAGAGGGCAAGACCCUGGUGCCCCUGCCAUGUGGACAGGACAAGAAGCCAGUGGGCAGACACCAGGGGGUCCUGGAGCAGGCGAUGCCUGGAUGGCGCUGGCUGUGGACCCAGUGGGGC